AGGCGGCGAGGGGCGGGGCGGACGGACGUGUGGCCAGGAGGCGCCGCGUGCUGAGCUCAGUCUGUUUCUGGUCGUCGCCCAGAGGAGGCGGAGGUGGUCGCCAUGGUGCUGCUGCACGUGCUGUUCGAGCAUGCGGCCGGGUACGCGCUGUUCGCGGUGCGGGAGGUGGAGGAGGUCGGCAUGCUGCUUCCCCAGGUGGAGGAGUCGCUGCUGAAUAUCGGGAAGUUCAGCAGCAUUGUGAAGCUGGCGGCGUUCUUGCCCUUUAAGUCCGCCCAGAGCGCCCUGGAGAAUGUGAACGCCAUAUCUGAAGGUGUCCUCCAUGAGGACCUGAAGCUGCUCCUGGAAACAAACAUGCCGGCCAAGCGGAAGAAGGCUCUGCUAGGAGUGAGUGACAGUAAGAUCGGAGCAGCCAUACAGGAGGAGCUGAAGAUCACAUGUCAGACGGGUGGUGUGGUGGCCGAGCUCACGAGAGGGAUCCGGUUAUACUUCCACGCCCUGGUGAAAGGACUCACUGCUCAGUCGGCCUCCAAAGCACAGCUCGGUUUGGGCCACAGCUACUCCAGAGCCAAAGUAAAGUUCAACGUCAACCGCGUGGACAACAUGAUCAUCCAGUCCAUCAGCUUACUGGACCAGCUGGACAAGGACAUAAAUACCUUCUCCAUGAGGGUGAGAGAGUGGUACGGGUAUCACUUCCCAGAGCUUAUAAAGAUUGUGGCGGAUAAUUACACGUACUGCCGCAUGGCCAAGUAUAUCGGAAACCGCAAGGAACUGUCUGAGGAGAAGCUGGAAGAGAUGGAGGAGAUAGUCAUGGACAGUGCCAAGGCCCAGGCAGUCCUGGACGCCUCUCGGUCAUCGAUGGGAAUGGACAUCUCACCCAUAGACCUCAUCAACAUAGAGAGCUUUUCCUGCCGUGUCAUCUCGCUAUCGGAGUAUCGGAAGGGUCUGCAGGAAUAUCUCCGCUCAAAGAUGAGCCAGGUGGCCCCCAGCUUGUCUGCCCUGAUUGGAGAAGUGGUGGGCGCCCGUCUGAUCUCCCACGCUGGAAGCCUGACCAACCUCGCCAAGUACCCUGCCUCCACCGUCCAGAUCUUGGGGGCAGAGAAAGCCCUAUUCAGGGCGCUGAAGACCAAGGGAAACACCCCGAAAUACGGCCUGAUCUUCCACUCCACGUUCAUCGGGCGAGCUGCUGCAAAGAACAAGGGGCGAAUCUCCCGCUACCUGGCCAACAAGUGCAGCAUCGCGUCCCGCAUAGACUGUUUCUCAGAAAUCCCAACCAGUGUGUAUGGAGACAAGCUGCGGGAGCAGGUGGAGGAGAGACUCUCCUUCUAUGAGACCGGGGAGGCUCCUCGCAAAAACAUAGACGUGAUGAAGGAAGCGCAGCAGGAGGCUUCAGAGGUGACGGCGGAAAUAAAGAGGAAGCUGGAGAAGAGAGAACGGAAGAAGAGGAAACGAGAGAAGAGGAGAUUGGAGGCAAUAAAAGUGGAGGAGGACGAUGAGCCAUCACCAAAGAAAAGCCGAGAUGAGGAGGAAAAGCCAAGCAAGAAGAAAAAACGUAAGUCUGAGGGCGACAUCUCCGAGAACGGUAUAGAGGAAGAGGAACAACAGACUCCAUCCAAGAAGAAAAAGAAGAAAUCUGCCGCUGAAGAGCCUCCAGUAACAGAAACCAAGAAAAAGAAGAAGAAAUUGUAAUCGCGGCAGCAGGAAGACUAGAACUGAGCGGGGGCUGUGGCCUCCAUAUGUAAAGACUGAUCACACUGGAGGACAGCGGCCAUGUUUCUCCGCAUUUCAGAAGUGUCUUAGAACUUCAGUAUAUUUCUGUACAGACUAAGCCCUGGUGGCUCCUGGGUAUGGAGCUCCAGUCUAUUCCUAUUGUACAUUCACUUGAAUUGUUCAUAUUUGUAUAAAAUGUCCCAGAAUGCCUUUCUGUACAUAUACUUGCAGAUUAAAGGGACGCAAACUAAA